GUGCCUUUUCUUCCUUUCCUCCUCACCCUUCGUGCGUACGAACAUUUCGAUCUGAGAAAAUAACUCGGCGGCGCUGCUCAACUGGUCAUUUUGUUUUCCAAAGGGAGGUGACUAACGUGCGGAGUUUGCAUUAGUGUACUCGCGUGUUGGCGUACGUAAGCAGCAUACGUGCGAGGAGAGAGCUUCUUUUUUUUUUUUGACGCUCCACAGUACACAGUAGGUGGUCACCCCUUCAAGUUGUAACCCAACCGUUAAGCGAGGGGCAAAGGAAUUCACCCCAAAGAGGGAAAGAACGCGAAGAAGACGAAGAAGAGGAAGGAACUGCUCCGCGGUGAGGAAACACCUAAGUGAACUUCCCACGGGGAAAGCGCACGAGAAGUGAUUUACAACGCUUCAUAUAAAAUAAGGAAAAAAAAAAAUCACUCCUUUGGAGAGUGGAAUUCCCCACCCAGUUGAUGAGUAAAAGAAACAGAAGAAGCGAAAAAUGGAAGAAGAGAGCAAGCUGGUGGAGAAGAUGAUCGAGUUCGGCUACUCCAAGGAAAUCAGCCUCCGGGUCAUCAAGAGGAGCCGCGCGAAAACGAUCGACGAAGUGCUGAACUGGAUCGAGCAGAGCGAACAGAACGGAGGGGAUGGAUAUGACGCGGAUGACGCGGAUGAUGCGGAUGGCGGAGAUGGCGCCUCCCCCGCUGAGCGAUUAAACGACCAAGAUGGAGUAACGUACACCACACACACAACAAGCGCCACACAGAACGGUGAAGGCAAAAGCAAAAUGACCCCUGAAGAGGCACAGAAAAAGGCAAUGGAACUACAAAAAAAAAUAAGAGAAAAAAAAAUGAUGAAAGAAAAAGAAGAAGAAAUACAAAAGGAGAAAAACCGAAUUUCUAUGGCGAAAGAAAUGCAAAAAAGAAGAGAACAAAUAGAAGAAUUUGAAAGGAAAAAAUAUAUAGAGCAUUUAGAGAAAGAAAAACAUGAGCAUAAAAAGGAAAAAGAAAAACAACUCGAAUUGUUAAGGAAAGAAUAUGAAGCCAAAUUCGGCAUCGCAUACCAAGUGCAGAGUGAAAAAAAAAGUAUCAAAGAUUUGACGGAAAAUGAAAAGAGAGAAGAAAUUGCCAUUUUGCUAAACAGCUUAAAAAAUAAACACAAGGACAACAAGAAGGAGCUGCUCAGCUCGCUAGCCAUUUUGAAAACCUACUUCGCCAACAUCAAGGAUAAUAUUUUGGAGAAGAAGUUCCAGAAAAUCAAAAAGGAGAACAAGGUGUUCCUCGAGAAGAUCAAGGUCUACGAGGAGAUGCUGCAGGUCUUUUUGCUCGUCGGCUUCGAGGACACCGGCGACUUCUACGCUAUCAAGAACUUCCCAAACACGUACCUCAUCGCGUCGGCCAUCAAAUUCAUCGAUUUAAUUAUGAAGACGUUGAGUUCCUAGGUGAGAAAGAAAAGGAAAAAAAAAAAAAAAAAAAAUAAAAAAUAAAGGAGCAUCGAAGCAGGGGGUCCGAGCCCUAGACAAACACACUGGGAUUUAAAAAUAAAACGAGCGCUUUUUACUGUUACGCGCAAAAAAGGGGAAAACAAGAAAUCAUUCCCACACUUAAAAAAAGGCCCCGGCGGCUACCAAGGGGGUACAUACAAAUGUGAACAUAUAAACAUAUAAAUGUACAUAUAAAUAUACAUACACACACACACGUGCGUUCGGAUGUGCGUGCCCUUUUCUCCCCACAAAUCGCAGCUA